AUGCGUAGUAAUCGCAGUGGUUGGUCUGUGAACGCGACGUCCAUUGGUUGGCUGCUUUGUGAUAUUGAUAUAAGUUUAUGUGAUAAGAAAAUGGAAAACAGCCAGGAAGACAUGUUCAUUGCUGGAAGUGGUGUUAGCCCUAGACCCGGCAGUACAGAUCAAGACCAUCACCAUGUUCAUGUUCAAGAUAAUGCUAGGCCAACAGCGGCGCCUGCCGAGCCUUCUAUGCAGCAGGUCUAUAGUAUGCUAAAGAAAAUUGAGAAGAGGUUGGACAGGCUUGAGAGGCCCAAAUCUGACAUUAUCAAAGAUUAUAAGGAUGAGUUGCAAGAUCUAUGUGGACAGUAUUUCAUGCGAUACUAUUGCGCCCUGCCACCAAGACACAACCCUGCUUCACUCAUACGCUUAGUGAAAGAUAUGAUGGGCGAGGACCGCAGAAGAACGAGUUCUGUGUGUAUAAACAAAUGCCUCACGUAUAUUAGAGAAAGAAUGGUUUAUUAUCGUUCUGCAACAAAAAACAAGAUGCACCAAAAGGGCAAGCAUAUGCAGGGUAAAACAUUACUACACCUAAGAAGAGCUGUAUUUAGUAACAUUCCAACUGGCACCUCUUCAGAAGAGGAUGUGCAGCAAUGCCUCAUGGCAAUGAGGAAGGCAACAGAUAUGUCCCAAUUAUGGGAAAGUGUAGAAGGCAACAAAGGCCUAAAGGAUUCAACAUCCUUCUUUGAGGAUGUCAAAGGAGUUGCUCAACGUUACCACACAAGAUGGGAGGACCUUAAAAAGAUCCAAACAGAAGCCAUCGCCAUGACAAAUACAAGGACUUCAGACGAAUAG